AAUUACAUUCAUCUCCCCAAAACAACCUUUAGUAAUACUGAAACGGAAGCGACUUCUCUCUCGGCGCCGUCGUAUCAAAAACCUCACCGCCGUCGCCGUCAACGCAUCUUCAUUUCAGGAAUGGCGAACAAGAUUGCAAUGUUUCUCUCUGAAGCAAUGAACAACAAUGUUGUCAUAAACACUUGUUUGGGAGUAUCGUUUGUGGUUUUGGGAUUGAGAUCUGAUAAACAGCAAAAGUAUGUUGAGGCCUUAGCAGAGCAGAAAGAUUCGCUCUUUAAGUCUAAUAAGGAAAUGAAAGUCACAAUGUGGGAGUGGAAACAGCAGCUCUUUGCUGAAGCUGCCUCUGCGGGUAAUGCCGCUGUUGUUCCUCUGUCGACGCUUAAGGCCAUCUAUGGUGAAGUCACCACAACAACUCAAUCUGGUGACACAGUCAAGGAAGAGUCUAAGGUGUCUACCCCCAAGAUCAUGAUAUGAGAGGUUGUUAAAUUUUUGGUAGGUUCAUUUCACUUAAAACUAUUCACUCAGAUAAAGUAAAGAUUAGCAAUUAGUCUCAUCGUUUGCAAAAAUUGCAUUUGUAAAACUAGUUUGGCAUCGAGUGUGUUGUUGUGAUCCUUGUUUAUUCUCGUAAGUAAACAGUAAAACCAAAG